CGACUGCAGCAGAACCGUCUUCCAUGCCCCUCGCCACCCGUCCACAUCCCCGCCUCCUCUCCCCGAUCCUCGCCCUUCUUUUCAUCAUAUUCGCAUUAUCCUCUCUCUUCUCCCUUUUCGCCAACUCCACCUCUAUUCUCAAUUUCGUACCUACCGCACUUGUCAAGGGCGAGCGAACACCGGGCUGCAGAGGAAAUGCUGCCAUCUCAAUCCAGAACCUUCUUGAUGCUGGCGCUAGACAUGUCGCUGAAUCAAAUAGACUUUUCGAUGCCACUGGCGCAAAAAGGGACCUUGGAAUAGACCUUGGAGAAAAUUGGACUUUGCAAAGCUAUGCCAGUUACCUGGAAAAUAUCUGGCAAGAGUUUCUCCAGGAGCCUCAAGGAUCUAAUGCGGAUCACCCCACCCUCCAAACCGUUCUUUCAUAUACAUCCCUCUUGCCCCGAGAGCAAGGGAGUGAAACAGCUAUUCCCAAAUUCAUUUACACAACCGAUCUUUUGGAACCUCAACAGCUUCCUGAGCAGUUUCAAUCCUGGAUCACCCAAAAUCCGGAAUGGACCACCAUGUUUGUAAAUGAUGCGGAGAUUGAUACCUGGCUGGAAGAUAGGUUGGGUGCUGGAGAGGUUAAAACUAAAGCACAAGAGGAAUUAUUGGCUCUGAAGGAAAGCUACGGGGUGGUUCGUGCGGAUUUAUUCAGGUACCUUGUCCUUUUGCUCAACGGUGGCGUUUACACCGAUACAGAUACAGCCAGUGUCCUUCCCAUCGCCCAGUGGGCCCGUAGUCCCACCGUCGCUCCAGUUGCUCCCCUUCUUACGGCCAUCCCGCAACUGAUAUCCAUCAUUCAAGAUCCCUCCUCGCAAACACUUCCUUCAACCCCUUCAACCUCUAAACCCUCAUUGGUUGUUGCCAUUGAAUCCGAUGCAUUGUCCACCGGAGCAAACUGGAGAGAACAAUCUUUCGCAAGAUCUAUCCAGAUCGUUCAAUGGACAAUUAUGGCCAAUAGAGGACAUCCCGUCCUGUUGGACGUGAUCGGAAUGGCCCUGAAAAAGUCGGAAGAAAUAAGGCUGAUGAAAUCAAACAAUGAUCAAGUCAGAAAAGAAGAUGUAAACAUAUUGAACUGGUCAGGUCCAGGCGCAUUCACCGAUGCCGUUUUCCGAUACCUCUUCGUUCGUUACGGAUUUCAUCCAGCCCAGGCCUCAGGUCUCAAGGAGCCAUUACAAAUCGGAGAUGUGAUCAUCAUGCCCGUUCAUUCUUUCAGAGCCGAUGCUUCAGAAGGGUUUCAGGGAGAACAUAGAGUGGUAUGGCACGGAUUCUUUGGAAGAUGGAAAGGCAAAACGGAUAAAUAAGCUUUGAAAAGAAUAGGACAAAAAAGUCUACAAAUGGUCAUGUUGCCUUUUGAGUUUGUCUUGCUGUAGAGUUUGCAAUGUGUGUAAAAGUAGCAAAGUAGAGCAUAUUUUUGUUGUAAACGGUCUGCCUGCCAUCAUACAUAGCAUCAAUAUAUGAACAUAUUCAAUAGAGU